CUGAGUGUGCGCCCUGGGCGCAAAGAGCCGCGCUGGCCCCGGACCCCCUGCGCGGGCAGCAGCCGCCGCCGGGGCUCGGCUUGCCGAGGGACGGGGCUUCGCUUUGUGAGCCGGAGCAGCGGUCCCUGUGUCCCGGGCACCCCUGCCCCGUGUUCCCCGGUCCCGGGGACACCUCCGAGCCGUGGGAUCCCGUUGUGACCCCGGCCGGGGGAGGCACGGUGGGGCCCCGCGCCUGCCGUGCCGUGUGAGAGGAAACGGGGGAGGCGGGAGGAAAACCCUCUUCUUGCAAAAAUGCAGUUCGCUCUUUUCUUGUCCUGGUGCUGCUGCCUGCAUGGAUGUGCACUAGGGACUGGCUUCCUCUAUCAAUUCCCAGCAUCAACCCUGCAGCACAACUACCCAGAACAGAGCUCGGGCUCGCCGGGCAGCGGCUUCGCCAGUCGCCGGCAUUGGUGUCACUAUACGGUUACACGGACAGUUUCCUGCCAAGUGCAGAAUGGGUCAGAAACGGUGAUCCAGCGAGUUUAUCAGAGCUGCCGGUGGCCAGGACCUUGUGCCAACUUAGUGAGUUACAGGACUCUCAUCAGGCCCACGUACAAAAUGUCCUACCGAACUGUGACCACGCUGGAAUGGAGGUGCUGUCCUGGCUUCACGGGGAGCAACUGUGAGGAGGGUUCAUCUGGCCGCCAGCACGGUUACUUUUCCAACCAGGACCAAUGCAUGAACUGCACGAGACUAGCGGAUAUGACCGAGAGGCUAAACACGCUUGAGGCCAAGAUCCUUCUGCUCGAGGCUGCAGAGCGAAGCCCACCUCUGGAAAACAACCUGCCGAUCACUGGGACGACAGCCACGUGGUACGAUGAUUUGCUACCGGAUGCCUUUCCCCUGCUGAAUCCCGGGACUGUCCUGAGAAAAACAGUGGGCACUGUUGAGCCUAAAGGACACAGAGGUGCAGAGGAGCAGCUAAUACCACAGGGGCUGCCAGGACAGGUUGGUCCUCCAGGCCCAGUUGGACCAACUGGUCUUCCAGGACCACCGGGGCCAAAAGGAGAGAAGGGACAACCCGGUGAGAGGGGCCCAGCAGGGCCACCAGGGCUGCUGGGACCUCAGGGACCAAGAGGACUUCCAGGAGAAACGGGAAUCCCAGGUCCCCCAGGUCCUCCAGGGCCACCAGCCACCCCAAGCCUCCCUCUUACUUUCCAACAAGGGGUUCUCUACUCGCUCCAGCCCACAGCUGAAAAAGAAAAUGGAGAACCCCAGCUGGCCUCCACUGUCAUAGACACCAUCAUGGCUGGCCUGCCAGGACCACGGGGAGCCCCGGGGCCCGUCGGGCCACCAGGGCCACCAGGCACAUCAGGACCCAAAGGGCCCCCAGGACCUAUCGGAGCCCCUGGAUUACAAGGCUUACCGGGCUCUCCAGGACAACCUGGGCCAAAAGGCUCCAAAGGAGACCGAGGAGAGAGAGGCGAACCAGGAAAGAAGGGUGAGGAAGGUGAUAAAGGCGCUGAUGGGGAAGGCGUUCAACAACUUCGAGAAGCUCUGAAGAUUUUAGCUGAGAGGGUAUUAAUUCUUGAGCACAUGAUAGGAAUUCAUGACUCUUUAUCUUCCAUUGAGCCAGGCUCUGGACAAGACGUGAUCCCCGGCUCCCCUCUGCGAACCAGCAUCAAGAUCAAACGUGGUGGACCCCAGCAGCCGCAGGCCUACCAGAUCCUCUCUUCACUGCUGGAUGACAGUGAAGCCAAAAGGAGAAGCAAUCGGAUGAAGUAGGAGCAUCUGUAUGUUCCCUGUGCCUGUUCACCAGUUAAAGAUACAGUAUCCCAGUGCUUAAUUGCAGAGUGCCAAUGAAGUGGGUAGGAGGCUGCAGUGUAGGCACCUGGGUUUCCUUACCUGGCCAACGCUACGCCCUUAUUGCAGGGAAUGUCUUAUCCAUAGCUCAGAGAGGGUCUUAUCAACAUUCUUCUUGAUUUUGUUGUUUUGCCUUUGGAAUACCAGAUGGCAGGUAUCCUCAGAAGCUGUCUACAGAAGUGACACCUCCUGACCGUGUCUCAAGAGUUUAAUCCUCCCCUUGUUUCCUCACUGCCCUUGAAAGUUACUCAGUUGAAGCGCUGCUUCACUGGCUGAGACAAUCAAUCCCAUCCAGCCCCAAAGCCAAGCCUUAGCCUUGUCCAUUGGUAUAGUUGGUGGCAUCUGCUUUUGUUUCAUGUGGUGGUGUCGUGCUGGCUUCCAGCUGAAGAUACCACUUCCGCAGCCGUUAAAGCAUGACCUGCAAGGGUUUCUUCUAAGCAAAGAACAAACUGGAAAAUUCAAAGAAUAUUUAGAACUGUUGCUCUGAAAGUUCAGGUUACUCUUUGGACUUUAGCAUCAAAAUCUUGGCUUUUCGUGUUGCUAACUGCAUGCGAGUGGCAUUAUUUCUAUUCGUGGUUGGCUGAGCAAGGACUUUUGAUGCAAAUGUUCAUGGCAACAUUGACUUUCCAUCUAUCUUCAAUGAGAUUAGACUGUUUCUGUGAAAAUACAGAGCAGUCGUACGAUGGAAUUCUAUGAGAAUUUUCCCAUAUUGUGUUCAGCUUGUGCAUACAUCCAGAGAGAAUUAAUUUAAGUGGUAGCAAUAACCAUUCACAGAAAAGGAUAUUUUGCAAUAGUUUCUUAAUGCUACAUCAAUAAGGAAAAAUGUUUUCACACUGUUUCGUUUUUUUCUUGUGAGCAAAUCCUUGCCAUUUGAAUCUGCAGUGGCAAAUCAGAGCCUAAGGAAUUAAGAGCCUUGUCAAGAGCUUAUCUUGCACUGGGAGUUAAAUACAAAGUCAUUUUACUUUUUGCAAUAACUUCUUAUUUUGGGGGAAGUCCCAGCUCCAGGGUUAAGAUGUUGAACCUGCCCUUCAGUGACAGAUGAAUCACUACCCCUGCUGCGCAAACCAAAUCAGACAAGUUGAUGCCAUUCACGUAGACAGUGAUUUGUGUUAGAAAGGGUGAGACUAAUCAACAGAACCAAACGGUACCUUUUUUUUUUAAUUCCCCUUCCCUCCUCCCCCUUAUUCUGACAUUUUUCAAAUUCAGCCCUGGACAAAAGUGAGCAAAUUGAGUUUGUGUUUGGCAUUUUAUGGCGUAAGUCAGGUAAACUGGUCACAUUCCAUCUGGUUCCGAGUGCAAGAUACAGCUAGCUGAAAAAGGCAAACUGUACUGCUACAAUAUUUCUGCCAAAAGCUGUUACAAAGACCAAUAACUGUGUGGUCCAAGUAUUCAGCAACCCUUGUCACACAAAGUGAUCUUCCUAAGGCACGUGGUACGCUGGAGAUGAUGCUAAAAACGAAGGAGCUCUGCCAGCCCAACAUUAGCCACACAUUAAAUUAACUUUCCAUAUACACGGUAAACAUUGUAGACCUACAGAGACAACAGAACAUCCAAAUCUUUCCUCUGAAGAACAUUCUAUUUUCAGAAAUGAACAGGCUACGGGCUACUUCAGGAUGACUGAAUUCACCAUAUGUUUUAUUUGGCCCUGUUCUUCAGAAAUCCAACCAUCCGUCUCAAAACAGGUGAACUGGUGUAAGUUGAUGUGGAGCAAGCACCAGAAGCUUGUCCUCCUACAGAAGCUUUUUACUGCUGCACAGCUACAUACCAAACCGCCUUGGUUUAAGCUGGCUUGGAGGCUGCAGGAAACGCAUUGACUUGCCCUGCUUUUGAAUCCCCGCACUGCUUGGCUACUGCCGGGGGGGAGCACAUUCAGCAGCCAACCCAUGGAGUUCAGGUUGUACUUCCGUAUGCUCAAGUUUUCCUUUGAACAUUUCAAAGAAACAAGCCCAAAGUGUUACAAAAGUUUGGGGAGUUGAAGGCGAGGUACAAUCGGGUGCUCUCUUCCCCCAAGACUCCAACGUUUGAAGCAAACACAGAGUGUUGGCAAGAGCUGAUGCUUCAGGCUCCAGCAUUCCUUUGCCUGCCCGUGCUCCGAAUUACAGCUGGAGCGUGAUACAGUCAGAAGACAAGGAAACAGGUAAAACUGCCCGAGUCAAUAAGGUUACUGACCUCAAACAGUCAUCCUGUAUUCAGAAUCCUUUGGGGAGGAUGAAAUAAAACCUCAUGAAUGCAUCUUAGUUUCAAACCCAGCACUAAAUUUUAAUCCAGUGCUAACUAUAAUGACAUUAUGUGCAUAAAACAUGCUGAAUUAAAUCAGUGUCUUAAAGAAGGCUGGCAACCAGCUCUCGGCCCAAAACUGCCACAAAUACAAACAGCUCAGCUUUUCAAUAUCUAGUGAAUGACCAAAGCGCCGUACAGCAGCCCAUGUCCCGCUGUUCUGACAUAUUCUUGGAAUAAUCUUUCCAUUGAAGAAUUAAACACACACAAAAAAGGUGUUUUCCCAUUUACAGGCUGAUUACUAUGUAGGAAUUGAGAAGUACUUGAUUACCUCUUUGUAAUAGGGACCGUUUUGGUUUCGAUGACAUGGACAUUACAAGACAUAGCUGGUGGCUUCCAGGCGAGAGCGCCGUGUGCCAACCAGGGGGUGCUGGAAAUCGGCCCUGGAGACAGUUCAGUCCGAACGGGCGCGCUGGGCAGGCUGGUGCUACCUGUAGUCGCUCGCCACGUUAACAAAGUUUCCUCAUGGCAGUUUUGGGAACUAAACUAAACCACAGCAAUCUUUAAAAAGGGAAAUGGCAAAAUUUUGUUUCACUGGGCCUGUAGCUACAGGGUUGAAUUUGGAGAAGAGGGAGUACAAAAGGGCUGUUUUCACUUCCCUGACGUUCUGGAGCCUUCACACUGAAUUAAGAGAAAUUUUUCUUCCUCCAAGUUUGUCUGCCUGAGUUCAAAGCUAUUGCAUUAGCUGAUGAGUACUCUCUUCAAGGCAUUCGUAUUGACUAAGAUUUUGGAUUUAAAAUUAUUUAAAAGACAUUACUGGCAAGAUGAAAGGAAAUUUAAUGGAAAUUGUUUGCAAUAAAUCCUGCCAAGUCAAUUGUCAAAAGACUGGUUAGGUUUGGGUUGCAACGGUUUUAAUUAUUGACUUUUCCAGAUUUCUGUAUGAGCUAUGUAAUUCUUUUCUCCCCACACUUCUUGCUUUAUUUAGCUACAUCUCUCUGUUAUGCGGUACUGUAUCUUUAAUCUGGGUGACAGUAGGAUCAUACCAAAUGACUUUCUCUCUCAGCUGGGGUUCCAUUCCUCUCUGCUUACACAAGGGUUGGACCACACUGUUGUGCAGUCCCAGUUUAAUUACGUUUUAAAGGUGAGCACAGCCUCACACGCUGACAUUACUGAUCCUCAUGACUAAGCGAACCACUCCAACCGCAUUUUCCAUCUUAGGCAGGAUACUAAGCUUCAUUUUAGCCAGGGCACAUAACGCAUCUUGCCGUGUCUAUGUAACUUAGAGAGUGGAUUUAUUUCGAAUGCGUGCUCAUUUAGAACUAUAUUUUAAUUGAAAUGUUUAGUGCUUUAUCUUACAUGCAUACUGUGCAAUACCAUAGUGUGUUCUUUUCCUUUUUUGUCCUAAGACUUUUUUGAAAUUGUUAAUGUUUCUUUGAGUUCCAAUGUCUUUUUGACUUGGAUCGGUUCUGGUAGUGGUAACGCGUUUUCCUUGCCUUGAGCUAACCAGAAGCAGCAGCAGCACCUUGCACAACCAAAAAUCUUUGCAAUUCGUGCACCCUGACGCUGACCAGCAAGCCGGUGCUCCCGGGAGGUGGAGAACGCCUCUCUCCAGAGUAUCGGAUGUGCGCUUGCUGUAAAGAAUUGGUAGCAACCCAGGGAAACAGGAAUAAACUACAGAGAAGAGCCCUCACCUGCUCCCGCCAAACUCCACAGUAAUUUUGCUGUCAAUUUUGAGAGGAACCGGCCAUAAUAAUCAGAUCCUGCUCUCCAGCUGGCAGGGACUGGUGCUGCUUUCAGGGGGGCAGAGCGCAGGGCUCAAAGCAGCUUUCGGAGAGUUUGGCUCUGGGACUGGGGUUCAGUCCCAGUCUCUGCCAUGAACUAUUUUAAUGUAGGAACCUGACCACUGUGACAAAGGCUUCUGAAAGACAAUCAGCUUCCGGAAUUACCGCUCGAUACAAUUUAUUGGAAAUCCAUUCACCUCCAUGUUUACAGCCUCUGUCUUAUUCGAGAUUACAUUCCAUUCAGGUGUUUGGUGGUAUAGGGGUUUAAACUACUCACAGUUUCUGUGAUUGCAUUGAAACCGAGCAAUUCAAAGGUGCUAUAAUUGUCCACAAAGCACAUUCCCGUCCAUAGAAGGAAAUGUCAACUUCUUCGCUAGUUAUUUUACACAGUAUUUUUUUUUAUUUAUAUCAGUGUGUUUCGUAUGUGUGCAAAUGGUCCCGGCUUCUCUCAUUGUAAUAAGCUUUACAACCAUUUGGUCUUUUAUAAGGCAGCCAUACGCAGUAUCUUGCAAUCAUGUAAUUUCUUAACUUAGAGCAAGAAUAAAUAAAUCUCAUCUGACACGAUGAACUCAUUUAUGGCAGGCUCUAAUGUUUGUUGUAAACACAACUUGUUUGUUCCACCUCUUGCAUGGUUACUUAGCUGUUUUCAUAUUGCUAUGUUAUUGUUCAAAAUAUCUAUUUCUCUUUAUUUGCUAUGGGUUUUGUUACUGUAUAUGGAAUGUUUUGUAUUCAGCAUUUUCUUACAGAGCAGAGUGGGAACAGUAUUCAAGAACCCACAAAUACCAAAGACCUUUCAUGUAAUGCACUGAGAAAUAAACAUACUGUAAAUGAA